UUCGCUGCCUGCGGUCGUGUGUUCUGCGGUCUCUCGAGUGAAAGAGUGGGAUUAACAAGUACACGGAAAUCGAUUUGCGUGACCGAAGAACUAAUAUCCAAAAAUCAGCGAAACCAAAACUAGUUAAUUAUACUAUCACAAUGACCGAUGCGCUGUACAAUCGCCCUGGCCCCAAUCGCCUCAGGCAGGCGGAGGCCUAUCGCACCACCAACCGCGAGGAUGCCGUCAAGAUCCGACUUUCCAAGGAGGGAAUCGGUGCCGAGGAGCCCAUCUCAGUGCCCGGGUUGCUGAAGCGCACGGUCAACAAUUACGGCGACUACCCCGCCCUGCGGACCAAGAACGGCAAGUCUGGCUAUUACACUGUCACCUACAAACAAUAUGAGGAGAAGGUGCACCAGGUGGCCAAGGCGUUCAUUAAGCUCGGCCUGGAGGAGCACCACUCGGUGGGCGUGUUGGCCUUCAACUGCGCCGAAUGGUUCUACUCGGCCAUGGGCGCCAUUCACGCGCGCGGCAUCAUCGCCGGCAUCUACACCACCAACUCCGCCGACGCGGUCCUCCAUGUCCUGGAGAGCUCGCACGCCCAGAUCGUGGUCGUGGAUGAUGCCAAGCAGAUGGACAAGAUCCACGCGAUCCGCGACAAGCUGCCCAACCUGAAGGCCGCCAUUCAGAUCCAGGAGCCAUAUGCCCCCUACCUGAAGAAGGAGGAUGGCUACUAUAGGUGGUCGGAGAUCGAGUCGAUGAACGUGAGCGACGUGGAGGAGCAGUACAAGACCCGUCUGGAGAACGUGGCGAUCAACGAGUGCUGCUGCCUGGUCUACACCUCCGGCACGGUGGGCAUGCCCAAGGGCGUGAUGCUCUCCCACGACAACAUCACCUUCGACGUGCGCGGCAUUGUGAAGGCCAUGGACAAGGUGGUGGUGGGGGCGGAGUCGAUCGUCUCCUAUUUGCCGCUAUCGCACGUGGCCGCCCAGACCGUCGACAUUUACACCUGUGCCUUUGUGGCCGGGUGCAUUUGGUUCGCCGACAAGGAUGCGCUCAAGGGGACGCUGGUGAAGUCGCUGCAGGAUGCACGACCGACGCGAUUUAUGGGCGUGCCGCGUGUGUAUGAGAAAUUCCAAGAGCGGAUGGUGGCCGUGGCCAGCUCCAAUGGAAGCUUGAAGAAGAUGAUCGCCAGCUGGGCCAAGGGCAUCACGCUGAAGCACUACAUGGUGAGUCAAGGCAAGAGCUCCGGGGGAUUCCGGUACAAGAUUGCCAAGUCACUCAUCAUGUCCAAGGUGAAGCAGGCCCUGGGCUUCGAUCGAGUCCUGACCCUGGCCAGUGCCGCAGCUCCCAUGUCGCCGGAGACGAAGAAGUACUUCCUCAGCCUGGACCUGAAGAUUGUGGAUGCCUUCGGCAUGUCGGAGACAGCCGGCUGCCACACCAUCUGCCUGCCCGAUUCGGUGGGCCUGAACACGAUUGGCAAAACUCUUCCCGGCUGCGAGUCAAAGUUCAUCAACAAGGACAGCAAUGGCCAUGGUGAGCUGUGCAUCCGUGGACGCCAUGUGUUCAUGGGCUACAUCGACAACAAGGAGAAGACCGAGGAGUCGCUGGACGACGACUGCUGGCUGCACUCCGGUGAUUUGGGAUAUGUGGAUGACAAGGGAUACGUCUCGCUGACUGGACGAUCUAAGGAGAUCAUCAUCACCGCCGGCGGAGAGAACAUUCCGCCCGUUCACAUCGAGAACACGAUCAAGAAGGAGCUGGACGCCAUUUCCAAUGCCUUUUUGGUCGGUGAACUCCGCAAGUACCUCACUGUGCUGAUCACCAUUAAGACCGAAGUGGACAAGGAUACCGGCGAGCCAUUGGACGAGCUGAGUCACGAGUCAUCCGUGUGGGUUAAGUCGCUGGGCGUGGAGCACAAGACCAUUUCGGAGAUCCUGGCCGCAGGACCCUGCCCCAAGGUGUGGAAGUCCAUCGAGGAUGCCAUUAAGCGGGCCAACAAACAGUCGAUUUCCAAUGCCCAGAAGGUGCAGAAGUUCACCAUUCUGCCGCACGACUUCUCCAUUCCCACCGGCGAACUUGGACCCACCCUGAAGGUCAAGCGCAACGUGGUAUCCAAGAUGUAUGCUGACGAGAUCGAGAAACUUUACGCCUAGAUUCCUUGCUGGAAGAUGGGAGAUCGAUAGCCGAUAGCCGCGGAACUUGAGCUUUAAUGUGAAUUUGAAUUUAUCGGACUUCCAAGCCAAUUGAGUGCCACUCUUGAUAGGAUAUAGGCUGAUGUUAACUGUUGGAUAUUAUACUUAGACAUUAGCUUGCCUCCGAUUAGGUCCAGAGAUCUUUAAUUAGUACCUAAGUUAUAUUUUGUAUAUGCUACUUGGUUGUACCAACUGAACAAAAAGAAAUUUUUUAUUGUCUGAAGAGCAACAAUAAAUUUAAAACUAGAUUUUUAACUGGGA